CGUUUUCAAAAUUCGAAUUUUAUUCUCGUUUCACACGAGCGCUUGUGUUUGUGCGUGUACCGCGGGUGGACCGAGGGGAUGGAGGGUUGUAAACACACAAGGCAUGCGGCAACCGUCGACAGCGUCGGCGAGGGUGGUGCGUUUCGGGCGGCACGCACCACGUGGACACCGGACCGAACCGGCGGCGGCGGCAGAGGGAUCCCAUCCCUCCGCCGUCGUCGCUUCAGCCUACGACGGCAGUCGCCGACACCGAUGCCGACGACGCACUCGGUUGCCGUCGACAACCGUAGGUAUUACGCACACAUCGCCAACGCCGCCGAAGUCGAGUCUCGCCGGCCGACACUCUGGUACGGACUCCGGAGAGCGUCAUCCUUGCUUCCGCUGCCGACGAGGGACCUCCACCGGAGGACGCCGAUUGUAGCCAUGGUCCGGCCACCGGUGACCACUAAGCUGCUGCUGGGCCUUUACUCCUUGUUCUACUCGUGCACGAUCGCUCUCGACGCGGUCGUGGACAGCGUUACGAUAACGGACCAGAGGGUGCCGGGCGCGGUGCUGAACGGCACCGAGUACGUGGUGUUGGACUGCGUGUACAAGCUGAAACCGGAAGAGGCCCAGGGGCUGGUGAUCACGUGGUAUUUCAACAACAGCCCCAGCCCCGCUUACCAGUGGAUACAGGGCCAACCGCCCCGGGCCAUCGGUCCGCUGAAAAAUCACAUCCGGUUGGGCUACGCCGCGCCCACCGACGACGCGCUGGCCACAUACCGCGCGCUGUACAUCAUCAGGCCGACCACCGGGCUGACCGGAAACUACAAGUGCGUCGUGUCCACGUACAACGACGAGGACUUUAUGAUCAAGAAGAUGAUCGUUUACGCGCCUGGCCAACAUAUGCACAUGAAACGCACCAAGGCCAACGACCAAGCCAUGGUAAACAUAUCUUGUACGAUUUCCAAAGUAUUUCCUAUGCCCAAGAUGCAAUUGUACAAGCUCGAAACAAAUGGAACGGAACACAGAAACAGUUCUUUGCCUAUUGAGAUAUUGGAUUAUCAAAACGAUGGCGCAUUUGAUGUCACAAUAUCGACGUUGUUCUCCGAAUCCGAAUUACCAUCGAGAACAACAUUUUUUUGCGAACUCAUCAUACCGAGUACUCCAUACAAUAUUACAAAACGAUUUGUUUAUAAUCCUGGUAACACUGAAAGUUUGUCUGCUGAUAAUGCUGCAUGGUCAAGAAAAUUAUCUCAAACUCUAAAAUUUACAACUAUCGUAUGGUUAUUUAUUGUAAUUUCAAACUGAAGAAAUUUAUAAUCAUAUCACUAUUAUUUAGUAUUCAUUGAUUUUCUUAAGUGUUACAACAAUUAAUUACAGCCUCAUCUUAAUAAUUUUUAUCCGGGAAAUUUACAUUACUUAUAAAUACAUAAGACAGAUGUAACAACAUUGUUAAAUUAUUAUUAUGUUGAACUUCAGAUUACAGAUAAUACGUACAAAAAAUUCAAGUUUGUAACUAUAUAGAUAUAAUAAAUUGUUUUUAAAGAAUUAUAAUUUAACAAAAUAAAUUCAAUUAAAUCAAUUUUAAAUUAAGACAGAAUCAAAUGUUAAAAUCACUUCAUUUAAAAUGAAACUUGAUUGAUAUUUUUUUUAUGUCCAUAUACAACAGGGCGGUAAUAAAUUAUUAACUUACAACAGUACAAUGGAAUUUUACGUUUAUACGCACAUUUUAUAUUUGAUUCCUUAGAAGUCUUGAAUUAAUUUAAUUUUAAAAUUACUUUUAAUGAUAUCUAUAUAGAUUUUGUAGUAGUAAUACUUUUGUCAAUAUGUAAUUUAAACAGUAUUAAUUUUUUUUUUUUUUUUAAUUCGAUUACGUUUAUGUUUAAAGGAUUCAUUAUUAUUCUCUAAAUUGUAUUUUUAAUUUUUUUGUAAUUUCCUAGAAAUAAAUCGUUUUAAGUUCAAUACUUAAGUUAAGUUAAUCAAAUAAUAUUUGAAAAAAAAUUCAAAAUAAAGAUAAUAAUAUUAUGCUUUUAAAGUCAAACUAAAAACUAAAAUUUAAUACAUUUAAUCUCUACCCAAUGUGAACUAUACCUAUGCCUUUUAUGUAGACAAUAUAGUAAAAAUAAAUACAAUUAUAAACACCUUAUAAAUUCAUAUGUAUUAUAAUUUAUAAAGGUGUAGAUUAAGAAUCAUGACUGUUUUAGUUAUUUAUUUACUAUUGCAUUAAUAACGUGGUAAUUUAUGGUUUUGCUUUUUCUUCAGGUGUAGUAGGUAUAUGUACACAUCUGAAAAGCACGAGUGCAUAUGCAUAUUUUAUACGUACGAUAUCACCAGAUUUUAAUGAUCAAGAUUUAUGAGAUGAAAAGUUUUUAAAAAUCUGCGAACUACUAAAUCAAAACUUAAUAGAACA